UUGCAAAGCAUAAAAAACAUCGAAUCAUUCAAAGGAAUGGCGUUUGAUCGAUCCAUAGACGGUCGGUGCUGUUUGCUGAGAUAACUCUCUUCUUCCUUCCUUAGCUGUUCCUCAACCAUUACCCUCAAUCAAUUGACCUUUCGUUACCUAUAACUAUAACUCUAUAUCCAUUACCAUUACUCCUCUAUUCUUCUCGCUCCACGAUUCUUUGUUUUUCUGUUUUUUUUUUUUUUUUUUCCAUUUCUUUCUUCAUCUCUUCGAUUCCCGAUCUUGCUGACAUAAUUGAAUUGGUGGGGGUGGUGGAGAGAGCUGUUGGAUAGAGGGAAACCCCAUUUCCCUCAUGACCCAUUAGCUCCAAAUCCUGCAUUAUCUCUGCUCAGAAGAGAGUUUUGUAGAAAGAGAAGGGAGAAGAAACAUGGGACUAGAUAAUAUCUCUGCUCAGAAGAGAGCUGGUGGUGGAGGGAAUAGUUUACCCACCACUGCUGCCACCGCCAACGCCAGGAGAAGUCGUGGGUUCCCUGGAAUUCCCCGUGGCCGUCAGAUCCAGAAAACUUUCAACAAUAUUAAGAUCACCAUAUUGUGUGGAUUCGUUACCAUCCUUGUUCUUCGUGGUACAAUCGGUAUUGGCAACCUUGGUAGCUCCGAGGCUGACGCUGUGAACCAGAAUAUCAUCGAAGAAACCAACCGGAUCCUCGCUGAGAUUCGGUCUGACGGCGACCCUAACGACCCGGAUGAUCCUGCCGAGACCCAAAUCAACCCUAAUGUCACUUACACGCUCGGACCCAAGAUUGUUAACUGGAAUCAGGAACGAAAGGUUUGGCUCGAUCAAAACCCAGAAUUUCCGAAUUAUGUUAAUAAAAGAGCUAGGAUCUUGCUUGUUACUGGUUCUCCCCCAAAACCCUGUGACAAUCCAAUUGGGGAUCAUUAUUUGUUGAAGGCAAUCAAGAAUAAAAUUGACUAUUGCAGGCUUCAUGGGAUUGAGAUUGUAUACAAUAUAGCUCAUUUAGAUAAGGAACUUGCUGGGUAUUGGGCCAAGUUGCCGUUGAUCCGACGAUUGAUGUUGUCCCACCCUGAGGUUGAGUGGAUUUGGUGGAUGGACAGUGAUGCUUUAUUUACUGAUAUGGUAUUUGAGAUUCCUUUGGAAAAAUAUGAUAACUAUAACUUGGUCGUUCAUGGUUACCCUGAUUUGAUGUUCAACCAAAAGUCCUGGAUUGCACUCAAUACAGGAAGCUUUUUGUUUAGGAAUUGUCAGUGGUCUUUGGAUUUGCUGGAUGCUUGGGCUCCAAUGGGACCAAAGGGUCCUAUUCGAGAAGAGGCUGGCAAGAUUUUGACUGCAAACUUGAAGGGAAGGCCAGCAUUUGAGGCUGAUGAUCAGUCAGCUUUGAUAUAUUUAUUGCUUUCUCAGAAAGAUCAAUGGAUGGAUAAGGUGUUUCUUGAGAAUUCAUACUAUUUGCAUGGUUACUGGGCUGGCUUAGUCGAUAGGUAUGAAGAAAUGAUUGAGAAAUAUCACCCUGGAUUAGGCGACGAAAGAUGGCCGUUCGUGACACAUUUUGUUGGUUGCAAACCCUGUGGUAGCUAUGGAGACUAUCCAGUAGAAAGGUGUUUGAGUAGCAUGGAGAGAGCUUUCAAUUUUGCUGACAACCAAGUUCUCAAACUGUAUGGAUUUCGCCAUAGGGGGCUUUUGAGCCCAAAAAUCAAGCGGAUCAGGAAUGAGACAACUACUCCAUUGGACUCGGUUGAUCAAAACAAUAUUCGGCGGCAAGUUCUGCAUGGAAGCAAUGCUCCUCCAACCAAGUGAGCAAAUCACUUCCUUGUGUGAUUUACCUUUAGGUGGUGGUGGUGUUAUACAUCAAUUCAUAGCAGAUGAAGGCUGGUAACAGUUCAUACCCAAGUUCGUCUUUCUUCCCUUGUCGUUUUGAUACUGCUUUUGAGGAGAGGAUAGACUAUAAUUCUUUCAUUAACUUAAAAAGACUGUUUCAGUAAUGAGUAUAGGUACUUUAUUUCCCCCUCUUCAAUGUUCUUUCUUAGAUUUGAUCUUUUUUUGAGGAGUUCAAACAUUACUAUUCUUGCUAUGUAUUUAGAUUCAAUCAUAUUGGUAUAAAUACUAUGCAUUCAAAUCUAGGUCAGAACUUUGAUAUUA